AUGUUGUGGACAUCUGGGCUGCCUGCAGCCAUGGGAUUGUGGUCUGCGAUCCUGAUAAUCCAAGUGGCGGGCAUCCUGGCAAUGGGACUGUUUGAGGAAGAGCUGAAGGCAUAUCCAGUCGUGGGUGUCCCGUCAGCCGACGCGCGUCGAUCUUUUCCUCGGGCUUUUCAAGGUGAAGCGGCUUCGCGUGCCGCACUGCAUAACGAAGAGCGUGUUCACUUCAAGUCGGAUGGAACAGUCUCGUUCGACUGUCCCAGAUCUGUAUGCGGCGUAGACUUUUAUUUUGGCAGGGCACCAAAGGAAGAGGAGAGCCAACAGUUUCACAAGAAACUGAACGACAACAAUGGCACGUCACGAGCUUCCUUCAUGCAGAGAGUGGACGAGACAGUUGCCAAUAUUUCUGCUCAGUUGCAAUCUCGAAAUUCAGCAGAAGAGCCUCUACUUAGAGAUAUUGUACAUAUUACGGACAUGACGUGGCUAGGAACAGACGAGAAGAUGCACCAAUUGGCGUUCAUGAAGAACUCCACGUGCGGUGGGCUCUACUUUGCACCUUCCCAGCUACCAGUCGCAACAGCGGACGUUGCGUGCUCGCUUUCCAACCUAGAUGUGAACUCAGUCUAUAUAAAGAGAUUUAAUUCCCACAGGCUGCGUCUGGGUCCCGGAGUGAAACUGAUGGUCAGUAUGAGUAGCACUUUUGCGUUGAAGACACGUGAUAGGAAUUGGAGGCGGAAACUGGUGCGCUCGCCUAGCCUCCGUUUACUUGUAUUUUUUGCCCAAACAUUUGGACGACUAAAUCCGAACAUCCUAAAUACGAACCCUGGACUGGUCAUCAACGAAAUCCUGUUGAAGAACAAGCACUUGUUUUAUCCUCUCACAGAACUUUGCCUGUAUGUAAAGGUUUGUGAGACCGUACAGACAUAUCCAGAGCGGCUGCUGCAAGGCUUCCCUGGGCAUGUCCAUCCGGACCACCCGUCGUAUGUUCAACUCCCGAUCUACUCGUAUUUCAGGAAGACCGGUGCGGAGGUUGCCUUUCCAAAGGAUGCCCCCAUCAUAUUCCAGCCUCGCAUUUACGACGGUAACAUACCUGUGGACCGCACGUCAUCGUCUUCCAAAUUCGACAUUUUCGCCCUUGCCGCCGAGCUUAUCUUUGGCUCCAAAGCAGAGACACAACGUGGACUAACCCAGUCAGCCUCUACCGAUCCAGCUCGAGGUCUAGACUCGGGAGCGCCCCAGAAAAAGAGUCUAAGCAAUGAAAAUGAUGAUAUUCAGAAUGAGGAAGUAACGAAAGAGGAAGCACACUCACCUGACAGCGCAAGGGAUCCGGCGACUGGAAAAGCCACCGGUGUAGCCGACGAUGAAUGGAAAAGACAAAUGUACCGAGCUUGGCACAGUUUGUGGAUUUUAAAUUUAGUAGCCUACGAGGCUAGCGAUAUUUGGGAGUGGGUCAAGAAUCACAAAGCCAGCACUUUCAUGUUCCCACCGUGGAAAGUUACUGAUGUGGGAGUACUCCGGACUGCGGAAGUGGUUCCCAUGAGGUGGCGCGACCUGUCUCCGCGAUUUCAUGUGGAGUCAAGUGUGGGAUCUAGUUCAGAGCCUCUCAGUCAACAAGAUUUAACGCGUGGACAAGGUAUCCCCCACACUUCAGGAGAGCAGAUGGGCACGGGUGGAACGGGUGAGCCUGUUCCUCCUCGGGGGAGCACUACAGAGGGCAUCGGGCCUAGCUUUCCUCCAAGAGCGUACGAGGAAGACGCGAUGGUAGACGAUGGCUACCCUGAAGGGUUUUCCACGUCUAACUCUUUAGCGUCGAGCAAGGAGGCGAAGCGACAUACUGACCUUUUGGGAGACAAGAUACACACAAUGCUUUCUACAGCCACAGAAGGUCAGGCCGACGCUUCAACGCCUCAAGAAACUUUUGGAGCAAACGCUUUCAAAAGUGGAGGGACCAGAGAAGAGCAGCGGGCAGACGUUUCGGCCGGACGUGUGAGCGGUACAGAAGGCAAUACUUCUAGCACCAAUGAGGUCCCUGAGGGUUGUAUUCCAUACUUAACGGAUAUGUCGUUUUUUAAAAAACUCGGCUGGCCAAGUGGUCGUUUGGUGACUGCCGGACCAUCAGGAAGCAUGGUUCUGGAUGAGGCAGGAAGCACUAAAGAUGAAUGGGUUGAUGGCUCCUGGAGACCAAAGAUCAUUGAUUCCGACAUUAAAUGCCUUCCAGUUGUGCACCCUGACACGUGCGGUCUUACUGCAUCUUUCAGUCGCGCCCAUGAGUCGCCUUGGGUGUGGUUGCUUGAGAGGGAUGAACAAGCGAUCCCAUCAAACCGAGCGGGCAACCUCGACUACGCUGACACUGUGUGGAUAUUUCGCGGCACUUUCGUAAGCAAGCAAUGGCUUUUGAACGGUAUGGGAGUCGCAGUUCCAUACAGAACUUUGUCGAAGCGUGGCCACUUUCACUAUGGACUUACAUAUUUAUUCGACAAAGCGGUUCGUCCGUUGAUGGAACGAUAUUUGGAGCGUCUUGAGCAUCAAGUCGUAGGCAGGAAGACCCCGUUGGUAGUUGUUUUUACUGGACACUCCCUUGGUGCAGCCAUCGCUGAAAUGAGCUCAUGGUACUUCGCGAAGCGAGCCAAGACACUCGUGGACAAGGGGAUGCUGCAGAUCCGCACUGUAGCCUUUGGGAGCCCUUCGUGGGGAGAUCAAUUGGCGUAUGAAGAUAUGGUGGCGUCCGGCGUCAAGGCGCAGGAGAUAAACAUGGACAUAGAUCCUGUUGCUGUGUUGUUCGGUGAGGAAGAUUUGACGAGGCUGUCACACAAGAAACCAUUUCUUAUGAAGUUGUACAUUGAGGACAUGGACAAGGUAGAGGUUGCAUCCCCGGUUCCCGGUGCACCUCCAUUCAGUGGGAGGAUUUGGACAAGACCUAUAUACAGACCCACUCCGAUCUUAAGGCGCUUGGCUGCAAUGUUCCUCGAUUUGGAAAAUGUAGACAUGGUGCUGCUGAACCCUACACUGGCCCAUUUUGUCGCCUACACAGCUUCCCUCACAAUCAUGGCAGGCUUACUCGAGGAGGCUUCGUUCGGUUCCGGCGUGGCAGCCCCAUUGGCUGAUGCUGUUUACCACUUGGUCGGGCACCCGAGAAAUGUAGCUUUGAAAAAAGCCCAUGAACAGCUUAGUUCAGUUUUGCGGAGGGUGGAUGCAGAUCGUUCAGCGGAAGAGGGCUCGACGCGAUAA